UGAUUGUAGAUAUAUUUAAAAUAAUUACCUGGCAUCCACAAAAUGAAUAAAGGAAAGCUAAUUUCGGUAUCUCAAGUAACAAGCGCCAAGACGCCCGCAAAGGGCGAAAAAUUAGGAGAAUUGGCGAGUAAAAUGGAUGAAACUGAUGAGAUGAAGCUCAAAAUGUUGCAUGCGUUAGACAAUCCAGAUCCUGAUGAUGUUCUGUAUCCGCCUGAGUUAAACGCACACCUUAUUGAACAGCUUAAGGUUUGUAUAAAUAAUAAAAUUAGAUGGUUAGGAUUACAAGCAACACCAGGCCUUCCUUUUACUUUUGGAUAUUUCUUGCUUCAGGUGAUGACAUGUGAGAAUAACGAGCUUCGAAAGCUGGUGUUUUCAAAAGAUACCGAAAUCAAAGAACUAAAUAAAACUGUCAUGGACCUCAAUCAGCGUAUUCGGGAUAUCAUAUCUGGCACUGGGCCCGCCAUCUCGUCUAAAUCAGCCGGUAUUAUCAGUGCCAAAAUAGCUGACUUGUGCAAACAAAACCGUCAUCUUGUAGCCGAAUUGGAAGGGUAUAAAACCAAAAACUCUGCUUUAGAAAGAAAAAUACUGCAAUUGGAUGUACUCAGCAAAGAUAACGAAAAACUUAAUGUUUGUCACUGCAAAGACGAACCCGUAGAUAUCAAUCCUGAUGAGUUGAAGGACUUAAACAAUAAACUCGCUGUUGUCAACAAAAAACUAUACGAAAGCAAGAACAGAAAUCUUGAGUUGAAAAAUGAAAUAUUACUCGCUAGUAAGAUACUACAGCAGGAGUUGGGAGACAAGUUCACAAGUAUUAAAGAGCUGCAGAAUGAUAUGGCCGGAUGGAAGGGAAGAGCACAACAGAUUCUCCUGUUGCAAAAACGGAUAGCUGAGUUAGAAGAAAAAUUUAAUGGCAAACAUAAGGACGUAAUUGAAGCUCGGAAAAAGGAUCAAAGCAAUGUCAUACGAGAAAUAGAGAUGAAACGAAAGAAAGAGGUCGACCAAGCAAUGAAAGAUCUCGAGAGUUUUAAAGAAGAGAACCAAGAGAUGAAGAAGAAAUUGGAUGGAGCGCGGUGCAGAGUGCGAAACUUGGAAUGUGACUCCACAGCUAUCCGGCAGAAGAUGCAGACGUUUGUCGAAAAGAGCAAUCAUGAUGAUUUGCUUAUUAACGAACAGAGAAAUCAAAUUAAGAAUCUCGAGAUGUACUACCAGGAAAUAUUAAGAGAAAAUACUACAAAACUAAACAAAAUGAAUGGUGAAAUCGAAGAAUAUAAAAAAUUGAUCAACAAUACCGAAGCCAAAAUAGAUGCUCUUAGAAAACAAUCGACAGAGAAAGCUGCCAAAAUUGAAGAACUACGUGUUCAACUCCUGCGUUACGAAGAGUGUUCUCUCCAAAGUGUAUUCUUCACACCAAUGAAAACAGCAACUGAUAAUGAAAUCAAAAAGCUGUCGGAACUAGUGAAAACUUUAAACGAUAGAUUAUCAGAGGAGAGACGUAAAUGGGAUGAACUUGAAGCAGAUCAUAGGAAAUUGAGAGUGAAAAAACGAAAGUUAGAAAAAAGAAUCAAUAUGAUGGAGAUUGAAAUAAAGGGUUACAGAGAUACAAGGAAGGGCUCUCGUGCUUCGAAGAUUUCUUUAAAGACUGAACCGGUGUCUGAAACUGUUGCAUUAGGAGCUCAUCCUUCUGUUUCUAAGAAACCAUCUACGACUUUAUCUACAACAGACAAAAUUAGUGAAAGUACAAUUUAUGAAACUGUGACAAAUGAAGAAUACGAACUUCUUGAUAAAGAUGAAUUGAAAUAUAAAUUGGAACUUGCUGACGAAAAAUUAAAGAUUAUGGAAGACAAAUUAAAAAUGAUCGAAGAAGAAAAACAAGAGGAUUGUAAUAGUUUGACUGAAAUGAUUCAAACGUCUAAGCAAUUAUUUAAUGAAGCUUUGGCGGUAUUACAGAAGGAGAAAUGUGUAUGUUCGUAAAAUAUUAUUUGUUUUUUUUACUACAGUAUUUGAAUAAAUUAUUUUUAAUUUCA